GAAUGACAGAAGAUUAGAGACUCCACCAGAGGAUUGAUCUUCUGAGCUGCACAGAGAUUUUCAUAAUUCCCAUUCACCAUGGACCUGAUCACAGUUCUGCUCUGGAUCACUGUCAUCUUAUUUUUGGUUGUUGCUUUUAAGAACCAGAAUCAAGAAAAAUACAAAAAAUUCCCACCUGGACCAAAGCCUCUACCGAUCAUUGGAAAUGUUCUCAUGCUGAACAUGUCAAAGCCUCAUAAAUCAUUUCUGGAGCUUACUAAGAAGUACGGCCCGGUCUUGAGUGUCCAGAUUGGCAUGACAAAAGCAGUUGUCCUUUGUGGCUAUGAAGCUGUUAAGGAUGCGCUCAUCAAUCACGCUGAUGUAUUUUCUAACAGACCUCAUGUGCCUGUGUUUGCAAAAACACAGGGGAACAAUGGUAUUGUCUUUUCCAAUGGAGAGAACUGGAAAGUGAUGAGAAGAUUUACGCUCUCCACACUACGAGAUUAUGGAAUGGGCAAGAAAACCAUAGAAGACAAGAUCAUCGAGGAGGCCGAGUUUUUAGUUCAGAAGUUUAAAUCAUAUAAAGGAAAGCCUUUUGAUAAUCUGACCAGUAUUAAUGCUGCUGUCGCCAAUAUAAUUGUGACCAUACUGCUCAGUAAUAGAUUUGACUAUGAGGAUCCGAUCAUACUGAAACUUAUUGGUUUAAUUAAUGAAAAUAUACGACUUCUGGGAAGCCCAUGGGUCAGGCUGUAUAACAGUUUUUCAUUACUAAUGGACUGGCUCCCUGGACCUCACAGAACUAUUUUUGGGAACGCCAAGGAGUUUCAGAAAUUUAUAACAGCGACCUUUACGAAACAGAAGACAGAACUGGAUGUAAAUGACCAGAGGAACCUUAUUGAUGCCUUCCUAGCCAAGCAACAAGAGGGCAAGCCUGAAUCUACUGAGUAUUUCCACAAUGAAAACUUAACUGUACUGGUUGGAAACCUGUUUGCUGCUGGAAUGGAGACAACAUCGACCACACUGAGAUGGGGACUUCUACUCAUGAUGAAAUACCCAGAAAUUCAACAAAAAGUGCAAGAAGAAAUUGAAAGGGUGAUUGGAUCGACACAACCUCAAAUGGAGCAUAGGAAAGAAAUGCCGUAUACAGACGCCGUCAUUCAUGAAAUUCAGAGAUUUGGGGACAUUGCACCGAAUAGUGUCGCACAUACAACUUCUGAAGAUGUCACAUUCAGAGGGUAUUUUAUACCAAAGGGCACUAUUGUUAUUCCGCUGCUGCACUCGCUACUUAGAGAAAAAAAAUACUUUGAGAAACCUGAAGAGUUUUUUCCAGAACACUUUCUUGACUCUAAAGGAAACUUUAAAAAGAACGAGGCCUUCCUACCCUUCUCAAUAGGAAAACGUAGCUGUGCUGGGGAAACUUUGGCUAAAAUGGAACUUUUCCUGUUUUUUACAACACUAUUACAAAAUUUCACUCUCCAACCUGUACCGGGAGCCAAACUGGACCUAACUCCUGCACUUGGGGCUACAAACUCCCCCAAACCAUUUGAGAUCUGUGCCAUAUCUCGCAGAUAGAUUACAUUUUCAGUCAACGUUGGCAUGAGAUAUGUUGUAUGACAGUUUGACCUGUUAAUGCUCAGUGACAUAAUAAUAGUACGUUGAGGUGAUGGCUCAGGGGCAACUUGUCGUUGUAUAAGGCAAGUGAUCACAAGACUGCAAAUUCAAGUCCCCUAAGCGGACUAAAAAAAUGCAAAAAAAAGUUCAUUAAUGUCUUCAAGUAUAACAAAAGUGUAAACUUAAAAAUAAACCGUUUCAUAUACAGUAUAUACAUACAUAAUUGGUAGAGAUUAGUGAUGUUUUAAAAAUUUGGUUCAAUAACUUUGCUGAAGUUUGCCAAGAAAUUUGAUUAAUUCUAAAUUAAUUUGUCACAAAUCGCUAUAAAUCAGGUAUACCCAGGCCAAUCUGCCUUAGGGUAUGGCCACACAGAGCGGCCGUGCUGCGGGCGGGUAGCGACCAUGUUGUGAUAAAGAACUGCGCAGCCAAUUAUUCCACAGCUGCUUUUUAUUUAACAAUGAAGACCGCACUGUAUAGUCCUUCUUCAUUGUUAAUGGCUGCACGGCACCUUUACUGUAAACGGGGGCGCACCCACGUCUCCAACUCCAGCGCUCUCCUACCCUACAGGUCGGAGCCCUUAUUCUGCCAUCUGCUUUUCCUCCUUUUCCACAUCAUCUAAUAUCAAUGAGAAUAUGUAAUCAGGAACAUCCAGCUCCUCCUCUCUCUGCAUUUUGCUGAAUUUUCUAGGACAUGGAGACCAAGAUAGAUCAUUUAGAAGAAGUAAGACCAGCAAAAGAUGAGGAUGUCCUUAAUUUAGACCUGCCCCCCCUAAGGGGUGCAGACGGUAUGGUACUGGUUGGCACACUAGCGUUGGAAU